CGCGAAGUCAAUCACCCCUGUGUGAAGGUCAAGGUAGCUACCCGUGACGGGAGUUCGGCCUUGACGAUCAUCCUGGCCACUGCGGUCGCCCUAUGCUACGAGGAGAUGCUUAUCCCCGACUCCACAAAUUGGAACGUUCACUUGCAGGCGUGCCGUGCGAUGAUCGAAUGGAAUCAAGCCCGAAACAGGGGCAAGCAGUCCGACGAUGUUUUGUCAAGAUUUGUCGUGAAGGAGGUGGAAGACUUCGAAAUAUUCAAGAACCUGGUGUCAUUCUCACGGCAGCAGCCGAGAACCAAGUGUCCCUUGCAGUCAAAGGCCGAAGAUCGUCUCUGGGCUUUCACAAUCCUCAUCAGUGAAGUCACCGCCGUGGAGCGUUCGAACUACGAGCUGUACGGCAGGGGAUACGAGGUGGAGGAGGAAGAAAUGACAGGCUGGCGAGAAAGAGUGGAACAAGCCUACAGGCAGGUCUGUGUGACGGCUGCCUCUGCCGCCCAGCAUGACGAGGCGACCCAGAGCCACUUCAAUGCUAUGGUCAAAGUUCAUUAUUAUGCUAGUCUGAUUUAUGUGGAACAAGCCCUGGCUUUUCGCCGGGGCGCCGAACGGGUCCUCCACACAUACCUGCCCGUUCUGUUCCAUGAUCUCCAAUCACUGGCGAAAGAUACCACACAUGUUUUCUCGCACGUGUUGUUCUUUCCCCUGUUCAUUGCAGGAACCGAGUGCUGGGGAGAUGAGCACAGGCAAGCCAUGAUUCAGAGGGCUUUUGUCGACUUAAUCGCUGCAACUGGUGCCUGGUGUAAUCACACUGCACUGCAGUUCUUGUGCGCCAUUUGGGCUCGACCGGAAUACUGGGGCGUGGGACAAUGGAUCAGGUAUGCUCGAGAGAAUGAGAACGAAAUCGGCCCAUUCAUGCUGUUCUGAACAACCACCCACAGGUUGGGUCUUGCAGGCUUAUGUCUGCACGUUCUCAUUGACUCCGGAUGCUGAUUGGUAAAGGCCCUGACGGGCACCUUCCAUUCGCACUGAUCGUAGAAUGAGGAGGCACCGGCUGCCUGAGGUGACUGAAGGUACGCGCCGCCAAGCCAGU